GUGACAAUAGCCAACCAAGUGGAAGAGCCCCAUGCCCCCGCUUAUAAUCACGGCUUGCCACCCACCCCACCAAACCAAGGAACCAAAACAAACGGUUAGAGGAAGGGAGAAGUAGAGGCCACCCUCCUCAUGGACCUAAGAAGGUCCAAAUCCGUACCUACGCCGCCAAGACGCCACCAGCCGCCGGAGGUUCUUCUUGGCAGGUACGAGUUCGGCCGACUCCUCGGCCGCGGCACCUUUGCCAAGGUGUACUACGCCCGCUCCCUCGCCGACGGCUCCGGCGUCGCCGUCAAGGUCCUCGACAAGCCCGAAGUCCUCGGCACGGGCAUGGCCCCACGAGUCCUCCGCGAAGUCUCCGCCAUGCGCCGCCUCUCGCAUCCUAAUAUUCUCAAGCUCCACGAAGUCAUGGCCACCAAGUCCAAGAUAUAUCUGGUCAUGGAGCACGCCGCCGGCGGCGACCUCCACUCCCUGGUGGCCCGCCGAGGCCGCCUUCCGGAGCCCGUCGCCCGGCGCUACUUCCAGCAGCUCGUCUCCGCCAUGCGCUACUGCCACGCCCGCGGCGUCACACACCGCGACGUCAAGCCGCAGAACCUCCUCCUCGACCGCCACGGCAACCUCAAGGUCUCCGACUUUGGCCUCUCCGCGCUCCCCGACCAGCUCCUCAACGACGGCCGCCUCCACACCGCCUGCGGCACCCCGGCCUACACCGCGCCGGAGGUCGUCCGCCGGAAGGGCUACGACGGCGCCAAGGCCGACGCCUGGUCGUGCGGCGUCAUCCUCUUUGUGCUGCUCGCCGGCUCGCUGCCGUUCGACGACGCCAACCUCGCGAACAUGUACAGAAAAAUCCACAGGCGGGAGUACGAGUUCCCCUCGUGGAUCUCCGGGUCGGCGCGCCGGCUGGUGGCGAGGCUGCUCGACCCGAACCCGGAGACGAGGAUGACAAUUGAGGCGCUGGCGGAUCACCCUUGGUUCAAGAGGUCGCUCAGUCUCGACUCCCAGCUGAGCCUGAUGGACUUGCCCCCCCGCGACGGCGCCGCUGCGUGGGCUGCUACCACCAUGAACGCUUUCGACAUAAUAUCGCUGUCGUCGGGACUGGAUUUGUCGGGCUUGUUCGACGACCGGAAGAAGAGGGAGAAGCGGUUCACGUCGACGGCGUCGGUCCAGACGAUCAUGCGAAGGAUCGAGGAGAUGGGUGCAAAAUUGGGCUACUUGGUCGAGUGGAGGAAGGAAGGAGCUGUUGGGUUGCGGAGGUGGGGGUCGGUGGUGUUGGUGGUGGAGGUGUCGGAGGUGGUGUCGCCGCUGCUUCUGGUGGAGCUGAGGGUGGACGACGGCAGCACAGGUGAAGUAGAGGAAUUUGGUUGGGAAGAAUUGAAGGCAGAGCUUGGGGACAUUGUUUUUGCUUGGCAGAGUAGUGAGGAUUCAUGAGGGUAGAAGGGGACUCCAAUUUGGCUGUUAACAUUAGUGUAGAUACAGUGUUUCCUACAAUCCAGAGGAAGUGUUUGUUGUUUGAUGCACUAGAAUUUUCUUUGUUUCUUAUUUUGGGUUUGUUUUCCCAUUUCUAGUCAUGGGAUAGAUUGGAGUGAGUGUUGGUUCCCGGCCAAUUGAAGAGGUCUCAUGUCAGUAAUUCGCUAUGGGAAGAGAAUACCAGUGGGGAAGUAGUGAGUUUCCACAGUUGAGAACAUUCCAAAGAGUCUCAGUGAAUUGUUGGCAUCCUUUCAGGUGUAGAAACAUAUGCAAAGGAAAACUGGAUUUGUUUCAUGCUGCUUAUUUGCGAAAAA